AUGCGGGUGCUAGCAGGGCUUGGGAUCUGCCUUCUUGCCUCGAUCACGUCCGCCUCAAUUCAGGACACGCAUGAAAAGGGUCCCAAGGAGGAGUCCGAGUCGGAGCACCAGAUCCUGCGUCGCAAUGCACAGAUUGAAGCCCGUCUUGCGAACGAACAUCUCUACGGCGUUCGAAAAAUGAGCACCGACCCCGGCGAGAAGUUCUUCCUCGAGUACUGGCAUUUCGAAGACUCCAGACAGCAGGACGGUCUCUCCGAGACAGAUCUUGCUUUUCCGAAUGCCACCGCCGGACAGGUGGAUAAGGAUGGAGGUAUAGUUGGAUCUUCAUCAUCUCCAGGUGGUGUGUUCACGCCCCGAUCUUUCGCCUACAGCCCGUCUGUUGAACCCGAGUUUAGUCUUGGAUUGAAAAGCAGUCGGAUCCUCGACGCGAGAGACUUCAAAUGUCCAUCAAAUACAUACGCAUGCACUUCCAUUAAUCGACCAGAGCGAUGUUGCAAUGCGGGCAGUGUUUGUGAGAUUGUUCCAGACACAGGAGCUGGUGACGUGGGGUGUUGUCCAAAUGGUCAGACUUGUUCCGGGACUGUUGGAUCGUGCCAGAGUGGGUAUACGACUUGUUCGAAGGCGCUUGGAGGAGGAUGCUGUAUUUCGGGGUAUGAUUGUGUCGAGGGUGGAUGUGCUUACGUUUCGAUUGUCACCGUGACUGUGGGUGCAACGGUGACUCUCUCGACAGUCACGCACUCUGCAUCUCAGCAAACGAGUAUGAUCACAUCAUCAACAACAACAUCAACGUCAACAACGUCAACAUCUUCUUCACCCUCUGAACACUCGACUUCAAGCUCAUCCUCCACCUCUACCUCCGCCUCCACCACCAGCAGUACUUCACCCGCCCGCCCAACUACAACCACCACAACCACCGAAAACCUCAUCCCCCCAGCCCGCGGCACCAGCAUCUCAAGCCUGACCAGCUCCACCACCACAAGCACCCUCUCCCUCUGCCCCACCGGCUUCUACGCCUGCUCCGCCGUCUACCACGGCGGCUGCUGCCAAGUCGACCGCAACUGCGACACAUUCUCUUGUCCCACCAUCCCAUCUACGACCUUUACCUCGGACGGUCGAACAAUCGUUAUCCCGGUGGCGACUGCGACAGCCACGGGAUCUUCCACACCCUCUGCUGGUCAGGGCCAGCGUAAAUGCCCCGGUGGAUGGUUCCAGUGUGCAGCGUCUGAUGGUGGAGAUUGCUGUCCGACGGGGUAUGUUUGUGGCAAGAGUAUGUGUAGUGCUACGGCUGGUGCUACGGCUGGUGCCGGUGGUACGGGGGCAGCGACGACGGUGGCAAAGGAGCAGCCAACUGGUAGUGGUAAUGGGGCCUCUGGAUUGCAGGUGAACCGGGGAGUUAUCAUCACGACGAUGAUGAUGGUGGUGAUGGCGGGGUUGAUUUAG